AUAGUGAAAUUGAAAAAAAGAAAAUGAUGGAAAAAAGUGAAUAUUUAAAUCAAGUGUGAAUGAAGUAUAUGUAUAUGUAAUAUGUAUAUAGAAAUUUAAAGAAAAAUGUAUAAGUGUGUUUGUAUGUUAUAGAAAAAAAAGAAAGAAACCAACAACAGCCAUAAAACAAAUUUCAAUUAAAUUUGGUAUGACGAUUUCUAUGAUUUCCAAAAACAACAGCAACAACAACAGCUAAAAUAGCAGCAGCAACAACAAAAACAACAUACCUACACAACGUAACUAACUACGCUCGUAUAUAAAUACUUACGUAUAUAUUUUCGUCUGUAUCUAUUUUCCAAAAAAAAAAAAAGUUUCUCAAAAAAAAACUACGAAAAAAAGGCAACAACAUCGUUCUACCAGAAAAAUUACCACCCACAGUAAUAAGCAACGGGAUUACGUGUGAAAAAUUAUUUUAGAUUUGUUAACAUUUGCCAAGACCGAGACAAAAAAAAUAAAAAAAAUCAAGAAAAACUACUACUGCUGCUGCUACUGCUGCACUACUUGGUGACAGUGGUGAAUUCAAGUUAAGCCUCCCCAAAGGAUACAGCAACACUCACUACUACCACAACUACUGCUGCUACUCAUCAUUCAUUCAGUCAGUCAGUCAGUCAGACACUCACUCAACAACUAAAUAACUAACGGACAAAAUGAUUAACUGCAGAAGAACAAGAAGAUCCCGGUUCUGGAAUAUGGGCAUAUUAUUCCUGAUAUACUAUUGUGUUACAGUCUACUCGGCCAAAAGUGGUGAGAGCACAGAGAAACCAUUUGAUGCGGGUAAUUUAGAGAAUGAAAAUGGUGAGGAAUACGACAGAUCAAUAGAAACCUCAACAGAACUGAAUGUAGAAACAGAGCUAAAUGUUGAAACCACCCAGGCUACAAUUCCUAUGGCCAAAGAAGCAGUUCCUACUUGGCGUCCAAAGCGAGAUAAUUGCACACCGCCAGCCAUAGAACAAUUUCCUCAGCCCUUAAUGAGCAAAUGGCUGAGAACACAUGGUGGUCUCAUCAUACACGUCCUGGUGGCCGUAUUCACCUUCUUUGGUUUGGCCAUUGUGUGUGAUGAGUAUUUUGUAGCCAGUUUGGAUAGAUUGUGUGAAGAACUGAAAUUGUCUCCUGAUGUGGCUGGUGCUACGUUUAUGGCUGCUGGCAGUUCGGCCCCUGAAUUGGCCACCGUUGUUAUUGGUGUGUUCUUUGCCAAAGAUGACAUUGGUAUUAGUGGUGUCAUUGGUUCGGCCGUUUUCAAUAUCAUGUUUGUCAUUUCCGUUUGUGCUUUAUGUUCCGGCACCGUUUGCCAACUCAAUUGGUGGCCUUUGGUGCGAGAUUGUUUCUUUUAUUGCAUUUCGAUAUUGGUCAUGUUGAUCAUCAUAUUCAAUGAUGUUAUAUCCUGUUUUGAAUCCGUGGUAAUGCUGUUAUUUUAUGUUGUUUACUGUGUCGCUUUGUGCUUCAACACUGAACUGGAACGCUGGGCCUUGUCUUUGAAUCUUCCCUUCAAACUUCCAACCAAAGAGGAACAAUCAUCGCUUGUAACCUACAAAAAUGUCCAAGAUAAUAACUACACGCAAGGCACUCAACAGCAGACUAAUUUGUCACAGGAGCCUAACGCCGCAUCCUCGUCAGAAAACCAGCAGCAACAAGAAUAUCAAAAUUAUACCGAUCCAAACGCCAGUUGGGAUCCAAAUGCAGCUUGGGGUGAAACUUCCGAUCCUGUGGGCGUCAGUGCUAGAUCCUCCGUUCAACCGGCGGCUGUAGACGAUUGGGGCAUGAGCCAAUACAAUGCUGGCCAAGGACAAGAGAACAUUGGCUACAAUCCCGAUCAACCCGAAUCGGUGGUCACACAAUCGCCUACCGGUGAUAAUGCACAAAAACCAGUGGUGGGUAAGCCACAGCCGGCCGCUGUGGAAUACUACAAGUCCAGCGAUAAAUCGAAGGAGUCAAGACCCAAUCCUCUGGAGCGUCCGACAACGGGAGGUUUACCAACACUGAUCUCCUGGUACGUCGUCUAUCCCAUACACUUCCUCUGCCAGAAAACCAUGCCCGACUGCCGCACCGAAAAAUAUCGCAAUUGGUAUCCCUUCACAUUUCUCAUCUCCAUGAUCUGGAUCUCAUUCUAUUCGUACUUUAUGGUUUGGAUGAUCACAGUCAUUGGCUCGACCUUAUCCAUACCGGACACGGUAAUGGGUCUGACCUUUGUUGCUGCUGGUGUUUCAGUUCCCGAUGCCCUAAGCUCAAUAGCCGUUAUCAAAGAGGGUUAUGGCGAUAUGGCCGUUUCAAAUGCAAUCGGCUCGAAUGUCUUUGAUAUCCUAGUGUGCUUAGGUCUUCCGUGGUUCAUACAAACAGCUAUCAUUAAGCCCGGCUCUCAUGUCAAUGUCAUUUCAAAAGGUUUGGCUUACUCAACACUGUCACUAUUCUCAACGGUUAUAUUUUUAUUACUGUCAACCCAUUUAAAUGGUUGGAAAUUGGAUAAACGCCUAGGCAUCAUACUGAUGGUGUGGUAUUUAUUAUUUAUAACUUUAGCCUCUCUGUAUGAGCUUAAUGUAUUUGGUUACAUGAAUCCACCAGAAUGUCCAAGUGAAUAUUAAAUUGGAAAUUAUUGCAACAGCAAUAACAAAAUGUAUACCAGAGCAUCCCACAAGUAUUUCAAUUAUAAAAAAAAAUAUUUAUUUAAAAAAAAUUAACACGAAAUGAAACAGAAAUAAGUAGGAACAAUUUGGAAGCUGUGUUUAAAAUUGCUUAAGGAAACAUUAGAUUUUAUUUUGAAUAAUUGAAAAUUAUAAAAUAUAAUUUAUGAUUCAAUUAACAAAUAAGUUUUUAAAUAUUUUUAAAAAAAAAA